AUGGGCAGUGGAAACCUAUCGAGCGCGCCAGCGCCUUCCACGUUCCACGUCCUCCCGCCACUCCUCUCCGCCGCCACUCCGCACUCCCAAAAGACCAGCGAGUUCAAGCCAUGGCACCUGCUCGUUGGUUCCCGUUCCGGCGAUGGCGCUGCUUCCGGACGGCCGCUUCUCGUCGGCGAAUUACGGGGAGCAAGGCUCCUCCUCUUCUUGGAGAAACUCCUUCCCAUCUGUAGUUAAGGACGCCAAACUGGAGGAAAGCGAUGAUGAUGUGUUUACCGUUCCGGAGAUGGAGGCUCAGUUGACGAACGAUUCGACUGCCGGUGGUGCGGAAGUCCAGCAGAGCAACGGAGGUGCCUCGUCGGAGCAGCGCCGGAGAGGCCGGGAUCCGGUGGACAGAGAAUACAGGAGGCUCAAAAGGCUAUUAAGAAACAGAGUAUCCGCCCAACAAGCGCGGGAAAGAAAGAAGGUGUACGUGAAUGACCUGGAGGCGAAGGUGAAAGAAUUAGAAGACAAGAACUCAGUAUUGCAAGAAAAAAUAUCAACUUUGGUGAAUGAGAAUACAAUGCUAAGAAAGGUUAUCAUGAAUACGAGGGUGAGAGCUGAUGAAGAAUCAGAAUCUUGUCAGAAGAUGGUUGGCCAUGGUUCAUGAGUCGUACAGGCACUGCGAUGGAUUCAUUCUCUCAGCAGCUAUUUGGGUGGUUUUCUUGUGAUCUCUUUCAUGCUUGAUUUUGGAGCCACAUUUUCAUGGCAAACCAGUGUCUAAACUGUUCAAGGUCAGGAGCAGUUGCCUAGGAAGCUGCAAGCUGGUCUUGGCACCAUUUCUCAUGAAAGAUAAGUCAUCUUUUAUUUUUC